AUGGGUGAACCAGAAAAGGGUCGCAUAGCCAUCAAGUUCGGCACAUCCUCCGCCUCCUCCUCCGCCCGACCGUCCCCGCGCCCGCGACCCGCGCCGGCAUCGAGCCUGGGCAAGCGGCCGCGCGCCCAUGCGCUCGGCGGCGCCUCCGACUCCGAGUCCGACGACGACGAGCACCGCCACCGCGGACGCCAUGAGGCCAUCACAGGGUUCGGCGCGCACGGUGCCGAGACGGAACGCGAGCGGAGGGCCAAGGAGGCCGCGAAGAAGGAGUUUGUCAUUGCGCGCCAACCUAACCGCGACUGGAGGGCGGAGAUGAAGGCGCAACGGAGUAGUAGACGGCCGCUGCCUGGCGAAGAGAGCAGGCGGCAGCAAAACGGAAGCCAACACGCUGAGACCGAGCCGGCGGACCAGGACAAGGAGAUCAAGUGGGGUUUGACCGUCAAGGAAAGGAAGGCGAGCGAAGAGGCGGACAAUGACGGGCAAGGAGACGAGAACGAACCGGAAACUUCAUCACAACAAGGCGACCAGGCACAGAAAGAACCAGUUCCCGAGCGGACACUCGACGACGAGGCCAUGGACGCUCUGCUCGGCCGCACCACCAAGCCGCAAAAGACCAUCAUCCACCCCGCGCCGUUGACCGAGGACGACGCCUACCGCCGCGACGCCGAGACCGCCGGCGCCGCAUCCACGCUCGAAGACUACGAAGCCAUGCCCGUGGAAGAGUUCGGCGCCGCGCUCCUCCGUGGCAUGGGAUGGAAGGGCGAGGAGCGCGCCCCCAAGCCCAAGGAGGUGCGCCGCCGCGCGAACCGCCUCGGCCUCGGCGCCAAGGAGCUCAAGGAGGACGAGGACCUCGGCGGCUGGAACCAGGGCGGCGUGCAGAAGAAGAAGCGGCCCCGGCUGGACGAGUACCGUCGCGAGGAGAGCCGCCGCAAGGAAGGCCGGCGGAAUCACGAGGACAGCUACAAGAGGGAGCGCGAGCGCGAGCGCGAGGGGCAUCGCGACGAUAGGGACAGACAUCGGGACUAUGACCGGCAUAGGGACCGGGACCACCACCACCACAGGCAUCGGGAUCACGACAGGGAGCGACGGCGUUGA